AUGUCUACCCAGCCGACUAGCACCCAACCCUCUCUCAACCUGGACCUGGACGACCUCCCCGCCCCGGUCCGUCCCCACUCUCGUCCCAGCUCGCGCCUCACACCCCCCAACUCCUCCUCCUCCCGCCUCGACGCCGAUUCCGCCUCCUCCUCCCCUACGCCCCCGCACGGCACACCCCGGCGCCUUCCGCAGGCCUCGCCCCCGUGCGCCCGUCUUCGCCUCAUCGCGCCCGCCCCCGUGAAAAUACCCCCUACGCCGCCAUUUAACCCGGCCGGUCGAGCGGGCACGUACAGCCGUCAUACACAUUCGACUAAACCCAACACCGCGGCGGGAUCGCCGACCAAGCGGCAGAGGGUAGCUGGAGCUGGAUCGGGAGCGGGCGCUGGAGCUGGAGCUAAAGCUGGGGAGACGGAGCUGUUCAGAGCGGUAUCGGUGGGGUUGGGGAUGAUUGUGGCGGCGGAUGCGGGACUGAAUGAUGGGGAGAUGACGGCCGAGAUGUCGGAUACGGACCCUUUUGACCUAGAAUACGCCUUCGCUUCGCCCCCCGUCGCCUCGCCCACUCCGUACACCCUCGGCUUCUCCUCGUGCCCUGCGCCCGCGCUCACACCCGUAUCCAUACCCAUACCCAUCGUGCUUGGCUCAAAGCAGCGCACGUCCUCUCCCCUCGACAUCCCAACCUCCAAUAUCCGUCCGCUCGCCCACCGUCAAAGCUCCUGCGCUACCGACCGGACCGAGUCGACCCAACCCUCAUUCUCCACCUCGCCAGUCUACCUCGCCGGCCCCAAACCUGCACCUGCACCAAAGCUCAAAGCCUCGGCAUCGGCGUCGGCGUCGGACCGCGCCUCUCUUCCUCUCGGUAAUGGACGCGGUCGGACCCGAUCGAGCCGGACGGUCCCUGAUGUCCCUGACGAGAUUCUCGACGAGCUCUCGGACUCGCGGCACUCCGCGCAGUGGUCCGACGAGGACGCACGCGCGCCGACCCGGCGAACAGGGGAUGAAUUGCUUUCGCCCGGAGCGUUUCUGGCUGCUCAUGUCCCCCGGCCGGUCUUGGUCCAAUUCCGAGAUGUCUUUGGCGCGAACGAUACAUUUGCGCCACACCUCCCGGCGUCCAUCUACCCCUCGUCCCCUGCUCAUAGCCAUAGCCCCGCCAGAGCCGUCAACAACCCCAGUCCGGGCAGUACUCGUCGUCCCUCUCCACACGCACCUCGGUCCCCUGCCCCUGCUCCCGCACCGUCACUCCCCAACCCAUCUCCGCGGUCCCCGCCCGUCCAGCAAUGUCAAGGUCAAGGUCGACUCGGCCCGUCUCCCGGUGGAGUCAGUAUCGCCGAGAGCUUCGCCACGUUCGGCGUACACCGGAGCGACAAGACCACCACGACCACGUCACGGCGGGAGAGGGAAGAAUCGGGCGCGUCAGACGCAGACAGCUUUACAUUCUCGGCGUACCACCUCGCCGAUGAUGAUCCCGUCCGGGAGAUCCAACAGCUGCAGCUGCCGCCCAGUCCGAUCAAGAUGGGGCGGACGCAGUCCGCUCGGCCCGUCUCGCGCUCGGUCGUUCCUCUCCACUCGGCGACUCCCCGGUCUGCGCGCCCCGUCCGGCCCCCGCGUCCCUCCCAGGCUGGUGUUGCUGCUCCCGCCGACGCACAAGCACUCCUUCGGCCAUUCAUGGGCCUAGAGGACGCAGCGGCAGACGCGCGCGCGGACUACCGGACCCGCGCUGAACAACCGGGCUGGGUCCACCCUUUUGCGCGAUCGGCGACCCACAGUCCAGGAUCCGGAUCAAGCGAUGAGGGGGGAGAAGACGAGCUUGUCACUCCGGAGCAGCAGCCGGGUGGGGCGCCUCUCAGCCUCGUAGGCCAAGGUCAUAAGGAGGAGGACUUUGGCACACCCACCCCUACUCCGAGGGUACGAGACGUCAUGGUGCCGAACGCCGGAUUGGGGCUCGGACUCGGUCUCGGACUCAAGCUGCCCCUCGCGGAGAGCACGUAUCGCCAGCAUCAGCACCAGCCGCACUCGGCAGGAUCGGACUUGCAUCAGCCUAUGCACAAUUCCUCGGGUGCUCGGACAGCGGCCGAUACCCGGCCCACUCCCGCGCGCGUCCCCAAGAUGAUGCAGGUAGACUAUGAGCUCGCGCUCGCUGCUGCGCCCUCUACAUCGACGGACUCGCUUCCUCCUCCCCUCCCCCUCAGCAAAUCGGUCGGUCCGAAAAAGUUCAAAUCGCUCGCUUCGCUCCGGAAACGUCUUCCUUCGAGCCGCGGUGCUGCCCCUCCCCCUCCCCCUCCGGUCCCGGUCGUGCCCUCCCUCACCGACUCACAAUCUGCCACCUCACUCCACUCGCUCCCCUCUGCGGAGUUUGCCAGUCUUACGGGCAAGCCUACACCUUCGCGGCCGACUACAGCACAGCGGCAGCCGGCGAGCCAGGCCAGACCGGCUUUUGGGGAGAUCCGAGGUGAUACGCCGCCGCCAACGGGAUCGAGCGCUGCGUUCUCGAUCAAUUCGGGCUCGGGGCUGCUGGGCUCGAGCGGACAGGCGCCGGUCGUAGCGGGCAAAGCUCUGCCGGACGUGGGCAUCAAGCGGGCGGAGAAUGGCUGGACUGGGGGAUUGAAGAAGGAUCUGGUAGUGGAAGGGAUGACGGUGCGGAGGGACAUGACGUUGAACCUCUGGGUGGAUCAGGAAAACUGCCGCGAAGUCAUCUCCACACUCCAUCCUAUCCGGUAUCAUCAGCCCGACUCGACCCGUACCCGCGCCCUUGAACGGAUCGCCGAUAUCCUCCGCGAAAAGGAGACGAUGGAUCACCUCGAGGAAGUCAUGAAUGAUAGUAAGGAUGAAGGGGACGUGUUUUGGGAUGAGGGGUGUGUGGAGUUUGGGAUGAAUCCGAGGAAGAGGGAUCAGUGGGCUUUUACCUAUGGUGCGCUCGAGUCUUUUCCGUCCCUCCGACGGGUCACGAUGGAGGGCAAGCAAAAUUACGACUUCACAUCCCGGAUCGCUUCACUCAAGCAUCGAGAACCGGGGAUCUAUGCGGUACACGGGGAAGAAAAGGGCGGGGCGAGGUGGAGGUUUAGGUAUAUGGUCUAUAUACCUCCUGCUGCGAAAGACCCGGGGGACAGAGUGAUUGUCCCCAUGUCCUUCUAUGCCACCAUCGCCUUCCUUCGCGGAGACCACGCCAGCAAGCUCGGUUUCGGCAACAUGAUCGGCAAAGCCCUUCGGUCGAAUCUGCACUCUGAAAAGAUGGCGACCCCCGAGCUCUCAUCGUCCGCGCAUGAGUCGGCCGACUACACCUUCCCUGCUCGCGCGCACGAACGGCUCCAGUCGGCCGCUUCUGCCAAAAGCAACAUCUCAGACGUCAGUAUCCAGCACAAGUUGAUCGAGGUACAGGUCAAGGUGGAGACGUUUGUGGAUGGCGGAGUGACGCCGCGUGCUGUGCCAAAAAGAGAGUAUCGGCCGAAUACGGCUGAAAGCGGCGGCGGCGGCGGUCGAGGAGAGAUGCGGCCUUUACUGCCGAAGAUGGCGACGGAGCCGGGGAGUGCGAGGUCGCCUCGGCCAUCGACGGCGCAGGAGCCUAGACGGGUCAUGCCUCUCACGUCGCUCGGUAGUCCGUCCAAUAUCGGUGCGGCUCGAGAUGCCAACUCGGUCCAGACCCGCCCGCCCCUCCGCGUCCGACCAGGAACGGCAGCUCCAGCUUUCCCUGCUACGUCCCCGGGAAAAGGGGAGAAAGUCAGGGUCGCCCCUUUCCUCUCGAAUGAGCCGCCCACACCGUCCACUCUCCUGCCUCCUCCGUCUGCACCGCCAGCGCACCCCGGCCGGCUAUCCUCCGCCUUUGGCCGCGCUCGCGCACUCACCUCCGUUGGCUCUCGGCCCCACACACCCCUCUCUGCGCCCCUUCCCGCUGUACCGGAACUCCCACCUCAACCUCUGUCCGCGACAGCUACCGCCUUCGCCAGCGGUAUCAUGCGCGCCAAGAAGAGCCUGUCUUCCCUCCGCCCGCCCAGUCGACCGGGUACGGCCGGACUUCCCAUCUCGCGCCCGCUCGAGCCGCCCUUACCUACUUCUGCAUCGGCGGGAGCACUCGACAUCCCCUCUUCGGGUCGAUUAAGGACGAAGAGCAGUAACUAUGCUUUACCGUCCCGAGGUGGUAGGCCUAGUACGGCUGCUGCUGCUGUACCCAACACGGCUGCCUCGAACGGUCCCGCCGUACCUCCCAAAGACGGAUCCCACUCGGCGUCCCUCUUCUCUUCAUUCCCCUUCUCACGCUCAUCUCGACCAUCCCGACCAUCUACCGCCAACCCCACCUCCUCUUCGGCCAGUGUCGUCCCCCAUACCCCCGUCCGACCCCCUACAGCCCCAAGCUCCGGCGUCCAAGCGCUCAAAUACGGCUUUGGCUCGUACGUCGACACUCCGCCCAACAACGGGGUCACGUAUUCCGCAUUGGCGAUGCAGCAGCUCGAGGCGAAACGGACGCCGGGAACGUUUAUGCGCGAGGCGUUCGGAAAGGACUAUGUGCCAGUUGGUAAAGGAACGGGGUUUGGGCUGGGGCCGAAGCACUUUGAGAGCCGGCAGAUGGAUCUGAGGAUGGAUAAGGGGAGGAAGGGGGAGAUGAGGCGGCCGAGGACGGCGACGGCGGAUGGGAGGGCAAAGGGGGCAGGGAGCAUGAUUUAA